GCUUGCAGCCGCAGCUCUUUUCACUGCGCGACCGCAGCGGAACAGAUCACAAAACAAUGUGUAGGAAGAGGACGAAUCUCUCAGGACAGACAGACUGACUGAUCAUGGCCGGUCGGUGGCGAGACGGUACUCGCAGCCGUUCAGGAGACCCCGCCGGGGGCCUAAACACGACGCGAACGCCCCGCCAAGAAGAACCGUCUGGGGGCACCGAGGACGCGGCGGAGUCGCUGCGGGAGCUGCCGCGGUGGAUGCGGCUUUACUUCUACGGGAUGCACGGCGUGACUCUGGAUGUCCUGCUGUCAUCGUUACAGGGGGUUUUAAAUUAUCGGGAUCCUAAACUGGUGGGGUUCUCCUCUCCGUAUCUCUGCAUCAUGCAUUCGCUGACCCACUUUGCGCUUGAGAAGAUCUACUCACAGAAGAGAUGUUUCCGAGGUCGGCCUGUGGUGUUUCAUCUUGUUUUCUAUCCGUCUGUCUUCAUCGGGCUGCAGAUCCUGAUCGGGAACAUUAACACUCUGACCGAGCAGGUGAAGGUAGUAUCAGGGACGCAGCUGGCGGUGCACUACAUCUUGGCUCUCUACUUCGCCCAGGUGUUUCACAGAGGGCUGUCGAGGUUGCAGUAUCACCCCUCAUGUCCCACCGACCUCCUGAGCAAACCCGGCCCGGAGGACAGCGGUCACAAUCGUGCGAGUCCUCAGGGUCUCCCCGGCUUUGUGCGGUUCUUGUUUUUCGGGAUGCACGGCUUUCUGGACGAGGUGCUUUUCACCUCUAUAUUCAACCUGGUUGAGAAGUCGGACCGGACCCUGAGCGGUCACACGUCCCUGUGGUCUUUCCUGAUGUACGGCAGCUGCAGCUUCGUGGUGGAAAAGCUCUACCUCCACCUGCACUUCAGCAGAGGCUGGGGGACGUGGCAGCGGCUCCCCAUCUACAUCUGCUUCAUCUACACCUGGGAGUUCUCCUGGGGCCUGGCCCUGAGGCAGUUUGACGCCUGCUCGUGGGACUACUCCCAUUAUCCUCACAACUUCAUGGGACUCAUCACCCUCCUCUACCUGCCUGGCUGGGUCUGUCUCAGCCUGUACCAGGACGUGCUGUCUAAUGUCCUGCUGAGGAUCAAGUGCACCAAAGAAGUAAACGAUGUGAGUGGGGAGAAUGGAGAGGUCAAUGGACAGCUGGAGGCAAAGAAAAAACUACUCUGAUUUUUCUUUUUGAGGAUUUAAAUACUUUCUUGGGCACAAUCUGACCCUCAUUUGACUGAUGCAGAAACAAGGCGGCAUUAUUUAUUCUAGAAAAAAAGGGAAUAGGGCAUAUAUUUAUUACUCAAACUGAACGAAUGAGGCAAGAGAAAGUUAGAUUCUGUUUGAAUAGGCUGUGGUUAAACAGUAUAACAUGGGACCAGUUAACUCAAACCAAGACAAUUACUUUGGUUCAGACUAGAGGAGACAGAUAUUUUCAUGACAGCUGAUGCUGAGAUGUUGAAUAUAGGAUACAACAUUUUGUGCGGUUACUGUUUGCAGCAAGUUUCCUUUGGAAUCUGGAGACUUGUUACCAAAAUGCAGAUGAGACAUUUUCCAGUUGUGGACUCUGCAAUGCCUGAUGUCUCUGGGUCCAUUAACAAAGAUAAAACACAACUUAGGACCCUGUCUGUUUACCUGACCUGUUUUAAUUCAGUUAAUCUACUGCCAUUUUUAUCUCUGAUGUUAGCUGUAGUUGUAAUAUUAACCAGUUUACAAGUCUUCAUGACUUUGGAGUUGUGAAUAUUCCAUUUUUUUUAAUAACUGCAGGGGCAGAUUUGCCAUCUCAUACAUUACACAUACUGUGGCAGGUCAAGUUUGGGUCGGACCUAUAUGUCAUUUACAUAUGCAUUGGCAUGCUUUAACUGUAGCUCAUAUCUGCAUGAUAAACAAACAAAAAAGUAGAAGUAAAAUUUACAAAAAAAAAUGAAAAGAUUUAGGUUUGUUCUUCAGAAGACAUGUAUUUCCACCUAAGAUUCAAAAGUCAGUAUUUUCAAGACAAAGAUAUAUAUAAAAUAUAAACAGUCAGUAGUAUAUAGUGAUAGUAUCCAUCUGCUGUCUUUUCUCAUGCAAAUAGUUUUUAAAUGUUCAUAUCAUUUUACUUUUUUAAUUGUUAGUCACAUUUUAAACAUACUCCCAAUUUUCACUCUGCUUGUUAAUAUGAUCCCAGAGCAAUGCUUGGCAACUCCUAGAGUAGAGAUAAACCCAGUAAUAUAUGUAGCAAGAGAAAACCUGUAGCUAAAUGGACACGAGGAGCCUAGUGAGAUUUUACUGUGAAUCUUUCAUGAACCAAACGUUACUUUGCUGGAGUGCCUUCCUCUGCAAACUGAGUCAGAUGUGCUCAAAGAAAACAAAGCCAAGUGUUCCCGGGUCUCUUUUUAUCUGUAAGUGCUCCACUUGUGGGUUGGAGUUACAGUUCUGCUGUAUGAGACAACUGAAGCCCAUCUGAACAUUUGGAGCACAGUAAAUGUUUUAUGUACUUUAACCCUACUUAAGACAUUGUUUUAAAGCUCAGUCGAGUCACACGAUCUCUAAAACACUUCUACUGAUCAAGUUCAUCUCAAACUGAUGGACAUGUCUUGUUAAAAGCAACUUCAGAGCUGAUACAGAAAUCUGGCUCAAAGAAAACAUUUCAUUUAAAUCCACUGAUCAGACUAGUUUGAUAGAAUAUAGUACAAAGUUUAGAGGAACCAUUUUAAGAAAAUGGCUUCAUAGUGGUCUUAUGUCUUUUGAGCAAACCAAUCUAAGUACCUUGCACUGUGACUAAAGAAAUGGUGGUAUCUCUUAGCAAACUUGUCAGCUCUAUACAAGUCGCGUUGUUAAGCUGGAGGUUGGAGUUGGUUUCUGAAAUUAACAUCCUGGUGAACUGAUGAAUUUAUCAGCAACUGUAGCUGUUUCAUUCCCACAGUAGUAUUUAAAGUCAGUACUGGAAUCAAUCCUGUCAUUUAUGAAGGUGCCCUUUAAUCAUUUCUGUACAAGUAGGAAGCAGUUUGUUCUAAACACAGCUGACUUAUUUUAGGCAUGAGUGUUAUUUUCUUAAAUCUUUAGAUAAGGUUGUGAUUUACUAAAAGCAAAGCUUGAAUGAAUUUCAAUACAGUUCUGCUAGAUUUGAGUCUGUUUUGAGAGUUCAGUAAUUCUAGUGAUAAACGUCAAUACAGUGCAUAAGUAAUGUUUUCAUGCGAUUUCUAUCAAGGAUUCAAACUGAAUUUUGUCUAUGCACAUUUAGAAAGAUAUUUGUCACAAACAUUGUCUUCUUGAGGUGUUGAAACAUUUUAAAUCAUGUCACAAACAAGUCAAAAAAGUCAAAGUAAUGAGUUGGUUUUUUUUUUUUUUUUUUAGUUUUACUUGGCAGCUAUAUUGAGGUUCUUUAACAUUUGAAUUCUCUGAACUACGGCCACAUGGAUGAGUGACUGAACUUUUUACAUCUCUGAGAUUUUCCAUGGCCAGACAACUGUAAUUUAAUCAUAAUUUUCUUUUGUGUUGUGUUAUUCACAAAAUUCAAAAAACACUAAACUGCUAUUAGGAAAAUAAUGAAAGGUUGGAUUAAAAACGCAAAUGAAAGUAAAAAGUGAUGACUGAUUUGCAAUGGCAUGUACUGUACAACUUACAAUUUUAAUUAAAUCUUACAUUUUCCAGUGACAUGACCAGCA